GCGCAAUAUAUAUAUAUAUAUAUAAAAAAAACACAACCAACAGAGAAAUUUGAUGUUUUGUUUAUUUAUUUACUCGUGACGAUUAGAAAUCGAAGUAUUUGGAAGGCAAACAGACUGGCUGCAAGGGUGUUUUCGAGGUUUGAUCAUGUGCGAUGUAGACACAAGCCAGUUUCCUUUACAAAGUCCACCAUCAGAGCAUUCCUUCCCUUAGAUGGAUAGCCUUAGUAAACUUUGCCGCAAUCAAAGUUAAAAAUGCCUUCGAUAAUGACAGAUCUGAUAACGCUGAUCGACAGUGAAAUUCCAGAAGGACGUCAAAGUCUUCAAGAUAGCCACACUAACUUGGAGAAAGUUGCUGAAUAUUGUGAAGCAAAUUAUUUUCAGGCUGAAAAUAAAAGGUCAGCUCUUGAAGAAACAAAAAAUUAUACAACACAGUCUCUUGCUAGUGUAGCUUACCAAAUUAAUACUUUGGCGUAUAACUUGCUUCACAUGCUUGACUUACAAACAACUCAAUUGGCCGAAAUGGAGUCUCAGAUAAAUCAUAUAUCACAGACUGUUAUGAUACAUAAAGAGAAAGUUGCUCGAAGGGAAAUAGGAAUCUUAACUACUAACAAAAACACAACACGUCAGCAUAAAAUACUAGCUCCUGCUAAUCAAGAAAGACCUAUUAAAUAUAUAAGGAAACCUGUUGAUUAUACAGUAUUGGAUGAUAUUGGACAUGGAGUAAAAACAACAAGUAACACUCCUCGCUCAAAGCGUACUUUAGCUCCAGUGCAUCAGAAUCCUCUUAAUGGUAGUAGUGCAGGACCCGCUCCAACGACAAAACCUCCAACUCCUCCACAGCCAGUUCGUGCUGGAGGCAGUCUGUCUCGUGGAACCAAAGAAUAUAGAACACCUGCUCCUCCUAUUGCACCACCACAGGUGCCCAGCAAUUAUGCACCAAAUUAUCCAAUUGGUCAUCCUCGAUCACAAGAAAUGAGAAGAGGAAGUGGAUAUUCUACUUUGCCUAUGGUUUCCACAUCUCAGGCUUCUCAACCAUUGUUGCCACCACAGCCCCAAAUAGGAAUGGUUCAUCCUAUGACACAUGGCCAUCACACAAAUACCUUAGGACCAUCAUCUCCAAUUCCUCCACCUCCAUCUCCAGAUAUAGAACUUCCUAUGCAUGUUUCCACAGAUUUUGAUCACCCAGGGAAUAUUUCACCACCAUUACCACCUCCUCCUCCAGAAGAUGAAAACUUGUAUCAUGAAAACUAUAAUCCUCCAUCGCCACCAGCAUUCCUUCGCAAUCGAGGAGAACCAGAUUGGGUUCCCAAAAAUUAUGUGGAGAAAGUUGUGGCCAUAUAUGAUUAUGUUGCUGAUAAAGAAGAUGAAUUGUCUUUUUCUGAAAAUUCCAUUAUUUAUGUGGUGAAGAAAAAUGAUGAUGGAUGGUAUGAAGGUGUAAUGGAUGGGGUAACAGGUCUUUUUCCUGGAAAUUAUGUUGAACCAUGCUUAUAAAAAGAUACAUUUAUUUGUACAUAAUAUUAUAUAACUAUCCUUAUAUUCUUUAAGUUGUAUGUGAGAAAUUUUUAAGUAGUUAAAUUUAAUAUAUGUAUAUGUGUGAUUAUAUAUCUGUAUUUUCUUACUUUUUUUACUAUACAGUACUUCAUUUAAAAUCAAAAGUUAAUGAAUCAAACUUUUCUCAGAAUCAGAAAUCUGAUAGCCAUAUUCAGUGUAAGACUUUGUUGUAAUAAUUUAUUCAUUCCAGACAUUUUUUAAUGGAAUUGCAUCAGUUGUUUUUCAAAAAUACUUUCUUGUUAUGAUGUGUAUUUUUGAGCAUCCAGAAAAUAAAUAUUUCUUAUUUAAUAAUA